AUGGCGUCGCUCAACACCUCCAGCAACGGCCCAAACAUCACCCGCAGCUACCAGAACGUCGUCAACUCCCCGCCGCCGUCCGGUGCCCAAGCGAGCUCGCCAACAUACGGCCAAUGGGCUGUCUUUGCCGUAGCUGCCCCACUAGUCAGCGCAUUUCAGAGCGACGGAGGCAAAGAGAGCGUAUUGAAGGUCCAAAGCACCGGAGAGGGAGAACUGAUUGACUUGGUCGACGAGUUCUCAGACGGACGCAUUCAAUUCGCAUUUGUCAAGGUCAAGGAUCCUAACACAUCGCUGCCGAAGAAUGUCCUGAUCGCCUGGUGCGGCGAGGGCGUCCCAGAGCGAACAAAGGGCUACUUUGGAAGCCAUCUCACAGUCGUCUCUAAGCUUCUGCACGGCUACCACGUGCAAGUCACCGCACGCUCGGAUGCAGACCUCACCCCCGAAAAGAUCGUCCAGAAAGUUGCCGAUGCCUCGGGCGCAAAGUACGGCGGUGCUGCGGACAUUCCCUCCUCAGGCGGUCCGCCUCCCGUCGCCGCAAAGAAACCAGUCUUCACACCCACAUCUAUUGGAGGAGGAGGCCAGGGCUUCAACCCACUCGGACGACAAAGGGCCCCUGCCGGAAGGGGGGAUGAAGACGCCGACGGAUGGGGCAGUGAUGCACCACAGGUCUCACGGUCGCAGCUGGAAAAGGUCCAGUCUGCAUAUCAGCCAACGAAGGUCAACAUGAGCAGGGACGAGUCCACCCGCUCGCAGCCAUCGACAUCGCAGAACGACCGCCCCGAGGUUGUACGAGGUGCUUACCAGCCAGUUGGGAAGGUUGACAUUGCCGCUAUCAGGGCGCAGGCAAAGGAAAAACAAGACGACCGGCCAACUGUAGUAAAGGGCGCAUAUGAGCCUAUUGGAAAGGUCGACAUCGCUGCUAUCCGCGCCAAGGCCAAUGCUGGGCCUCCGGCAUCUGGUCUGUCUCCAGCAGCGACUGGCGCAUCCAACAACGACGAGGAUGAGAGGCCAAAAUCCCUUGCAGAAAGAUCAUCUGCAUUCAGCCAGCAGCCCGAGAGACUCACGAGCCUGCCCAAGCCCAAGGUUGCCAACAAAUUUGCUGGUGCAAGCGCGUUCACCGGCACCAAGGCCCCAACGCCCGGUGGCUUUGGAGCAAAGCCAGUGGUCGCGGCGCCGAUCGUUGGGGCUGCCAGCAAGACAUUUGCGGAUGAAGGUGGCAAGACGCCAGCUCAAAUCUGGGCCGAGAAGAAAGCUGCUCAGGGCGGAAGUGCGAGCUCUCCAGCUGCUCGGCCAUCUCCCAUCCAGGAUCAAAAGAGUGGUGGUGGCUGGCAGAGUGGUUAUGCCGGAAAGUCGUGGGCACCUGUUCAAACUACCAAAACCGGUGCGUCUGUGGCGAGCAAUCUCAGCGAGCAACGCACAAGCGGAGAGCCUCAAAGGGAGGAACCGGCCUCGCCAGCAGCAGGUGGUGUCAGUUCAUUGAAGGAUCGCUUUGUAGGCGGUCCACCCAUGGGUGCAGCAUCUUCACGCCCUGUACCCGAGCCACGAGGUGCGAGCCCACCACCUCUCGACAACUCCAGUAAGCCUAACGCUGGUGGUCGUGGCGUCCCUAUGCCCGGUCUACCCUCGCGACCCAAGGAGCCAGAGUCAGACGACGAAGAUGUGCCAGCAGUGCAGCAUCAGCGCAUGUCCUCGCCCCCACCGCAACGACGCAGCCCUUCUCCUGAGCCUGCAGGCUCUCCUGUGCGUAUUGCAAUGCCCGUUGGACGUGGAAGGGAACCCGAGGAAAUGUCGCCUGCUGAGGAGAAGGCGCCGCCUAUGCCGAACCGCUCGCUGGAUCACGCUGCCCAGCAAGCGCGCGACUUGUCACCUGAGCCGCGAGUCGAAGCAAAGGAUCCCGCUCGUAGUGCUGGCGCCGCUGUUGCGGCUGCGACUUUUGGUGGUGCAGCUGUCGCUGGUGUCGCUGCCGGUGCCGCCCUUGCAUCUGGUCACGAUGAGAAUGGCGACUCUGGAAAGCGUGCCAUCAUCUCGUACGACUAUGAAAAGGCCGAGGACAAUGAGGUCGAGCUGCGCGAGGGCGAGUAUGUCACCGACAUUGACAUGGUAGAUGAGGAUUGGUGGAUGGGUACCAACUCCCAGGGCGAGCGCGGUUUAUUUCCAGCCAACUAUGUGGAAUUGGUAGAGGAUGAUGAGCCAUCUGGUGGUGCCGCUGCACCACCUCUACCUUCGCAUCCAUCAGCUGCAGAACCUGAGCCUGUCGCUGCACCGCCUCAGUCGGCCGGCAGUUCGGGACCAACUGCGACCGCCCUUUACGACUACGAGGCCGCGGAAGAUAAUGAGAUCAGCUUCCCGGAGAAUGCAACAAUCACAGGAGUUGAAUUUCCCGAUGAGGACUGGUGGCUCGGAAGCUACAACGGAAAGUCUGGUCUCUUCCCUGCUAACUACGUUCAGCUGGACGAAUAAGAAAAUUGCUCCUCUCUCGUUGUAAGCUAUCAAUGAUAGCGGGCUGGAUUUAUCUCAUCUGAGAACACAGGAGCGGAUAGUAGCUCUACUUCUCAAGUCUGGGUAGACUAGUAUAGGUCCAAAAGUUAGAAAACAAAAAUUUUGAGCCCCAUUUCCGAA